AGAUUUUUCUGACUGCUUACACAAAGGCAGUCAUCAUCGGACCUAUUGUGUGGUCUGUGACCGCUUGUGCUCGGGGAGUUUUGGGGAAGGAUUUAUCGGACACAGGGCGUUGUCCAAUCGGUGUCCUUAAGAAAAAGAGCAGAGAAUAUACAGUUCCCGCUCGGAGGGUUUUACCACCGGUCCCGAGGAAGACCGACCAUGACCCGAACUGGACCGAAAGGAUGACAACAGGUAGAAACAUCCUGGUGCUCCUGGUGUUUCUCCUCAUCUUCACUGGAAAUGCCUUCUACAUCGGGAUUCUGGGCUUCGACAGACACGCCUACCAUAUCAGGACCUCUCUGGAGAACAGCCUGCUAUCCGAGUAUGAGGAGGUCGCCACAGUAGACGACGCCUGGGAGUGGUUGUCGUCUGAACUGAUCCCGUCUCUCCACCCAGAGCGGGGGUACAGCGGGCAGAAGCUCAGCUGGCUGGACAAACAGUUUCCGGCUGGAACAAACGCGUUCCGGAUCGGUCCUGUUCGCCUGGAGAGAAUCACCAAGCAUCCAGGUAAAAAGUGUCUUUGGUCCAAUGUGGAUUAG